AUGGCCUUGCCGUGCUUCCCGGCCCGCCUGGGCAUGCUUCCCAUUGCCACAGAGCUGCAGGCUCCUGUAGGAAUGAUGCUUGACCAUGCCAAAGGGGCCAAGGGCUGGCUGAACGCUUCACAACUGGAACAUCCUUUGGGCCACGUGCUUUCCCAAGAUUCAGAUCGAUGUCAGAAUUACCUUUGGUGCUCUACAGCCGUUCAGAUUCCCAAGUGCAAAACCCAUCCUCUAUCAGUAUCAACAGUGAAGUGGGAAAACACUCGUUUUCCCUACUGGGAAGCUUACAUCUUUCCCAACAGACUUCUCUAUGCAUGUUCCAACAGGCAGUUUUCAAGUGUUUUGCAGGUGCAAGAGAAAAAUAAUCUCUUUCUUGUAGGUGCUUCCCAAGCAUUGAAAGAGGAGAAGAAAGUAAGUGGAUCGCAGCAGGAAGGCCCAGAUGGAGCCAAGGUUAAGACGGAGUCUGGUCCAGCCAAGCCGCUGACUCCUGUUGCAGAAACAUUCAGAGUUAUUCAGGGGGCAAUGAGUGAAGAGUAUGUGAGAACUACUCAGGGGGUCUUUCAGUUUGAGUUAUCUGGUGAUGAAGGAGGCACUUGGUAUAUUGACCUGAAAACCAAGGGUGGGAGCGCUGGUUCUGGGAAGCCUCCUGUGACGGCCGACGUGGUCAUGAGCAUGUCGAGCGGCGACUUUGUGAAGAUGUUCACAGGGAAGCUAAAGUCAAUCAUGGCUUUCAUGUCAGGAAAACUAAGCAUUAAAGGUGACAUGGUGCUAGCAAUGAGUCUGGAAAAGAUGCUGCCACAGUGUGUGUUUGAACUUUGAGGAGAAAGCCUUACUCGCAGAACACUGGCCUUUCAUAUAUAACUACAAUGCUGUCUUAAAACGCCAGUCCUCAUUUUUCUUUGAUGCAGUAUAAGUAUCAAUACAAUUUAUAAUUGUUAGAGAAGACACAAGUCAG